AUCUGAUAACUUAGCACAUAAUCAGUUCAAGUUACUUCACACUAAGAUUGAAGACCACACAAUAUUGAAGUAGUAGGUGCCAAAAACAUCCGAAACAAGUAAACCAGAAAUUGUUGCACCAGAGAACACAAAAUUGAUGAGCAACACAUUGAAGAAGAAAAGAUGUUACCAGUUCCAGCUGCUCUCAUGAUUAUCAUCAUAAUUUUACUCUUAAUAAUUUUCUCUAUUGUUAUAACCUUCUCUACGUACACUUUUUCUUAUUGGAAGAAACGAAAAUUUAAUUUCCUGGAGCCAACAAUCCCAUUUGGAAAUGCUCAGAGUUUCUUUCUUGGAAAAAAGGGUUUAGGAGAACUUUAUAGCGAUUGGUAUCUGGAAAUGAAAGCCAAGGGUUGGGAUAUGGGAGGUGCCUAUUUCGGCAGCAAACCCGUUUUCAUACCAAUCGAUAAUAAGCUGAUUAAAACGAUAUUGGUUAAAGAUUUUUCGAAUUUUCAAAAUCACGGCUUUUACAUCAACGAAAAAAUCGAUCCACUGUCUGGGCAUAUCUACAAUUUGGAAAGCAGCAAGUGGAAGAACCUGCGCUCCAAAAUCCUCCCAGCUUUCUCUUCAAGCAAAUUGAGGAACCACAUAGUUGUCAUGGAUAGUCUCACCAAAGUAUUAGUCAACAGACUAAGAAAUAUGGCACAGUCUCAAUUACCAAUUGACAUUAAGAGUAGUUUGGAUAGAUUUACCUUGGACGUAACAUCCGCCUCCCUUUUGGGAAUCGAAACUGAAUGUCUGAAAGAUAAAAAUGCUGAAUUAAUGAAGCAGACCAGAGCAUUCUUUGACAUACAAUUAUGUCGACUUUUUAACACCUUGGUACUGCUAAUUCCCAGGAACAUCCUUAUAUUUUUCAACUUCAAGGUGUAUCCAACACAGGUAACAAAUUAUUUCAUUAACUUCUUUGGCAAUCUUAAAGCUCAAAGAUCAGUGGAAAAAAUAAGGAGAAACGAUUUGACCGACAUAUUAAUUGAUCUAUGCGACAAAACUAAAAUUGUUUCCGGGGAUAGUGGUAAUGGUCUAACAGAACCCCUAACAAUCAAAGAGUUUGCUGCACAAAUGCACCUGUUUCUUGACACCUACGAAACUUCUUCGGCAACAGAAACUUUUGCUCUGUGUGAACUGGCUGCGUAUCCAGAUAUGCAAACUAGAUUGCGAAAUGAAAUCAAUACUGUUUUAAGCAGAUUUAAUGGUGUUGUUGAGUACGAUGCAAUCACCGAAAUGAACUAUUUGGAUCAAGUUGUUAAUGAAACAUUACGGAAGUAUCCUGUACUACCCGUUCUUCCAAGAGUAUGUGAAAGCGAUUAUCCAAUACCGGAUAGUAAACUUACCAUUGAGAAAGGAACAUUGGUAAUGGUGACAAACAUGGGAAUUCAUUACGAUCCUGAAUAUUAUCCAGAUCCAAUGCGUUUUGAUCCAGAACGAUUUACGUCAGAAAAUAUAGCGAAAAGACCAUUUUCCUCAUUUGUUCCGUUUGGUGAAGGUCCAAGAAGUUGUGUCGGGAAGCGUCUUGGAAUGUUGCAGGCAAAAGUUGGUUUGAUUGCAAUCCUUCGGAAUUUCAAGAUAACAUUAAGCGAGAAGACUAAGAUGCCGAUCCAGUUUGAAAAAUCUGGACUUUUUUUGAACCCUGAAGGAAAAAUAUGGAUAAACCUUGAAACAAUUGAGUGAUUAUGACCAUUUUGCAUAUAUUUACUAAAUACAUUUGAUUAAUUUUUA